GCGGCUUCCAGUUCCCUCAAGAAACCUGGGCGACAGAGGGACCUACAAAGUUUGUCCGCUCCGGGGCGCCAUACCGGCUUGGGUCCUGGCUUAGCCGGCGAGGGAGCCGGGCUGAGCCCAGAAGACCCCGAUGGCCGCGGUGUUCCUGGUAACGCUCUUUGAAUACUCGCCGCUCUUCUACAUCGCGGUAGUCUUCACCUGCUUCAUCGUCACCACCGGCCUGGUACUAAGAUGGUUCGGUUGGGAUGUUCCAGUAAUUCUGAGAAAUUCAGAAGGGGCCCAGUUCAGCACACGAGCUUUCAGGAAACAGAUGAGACAAGUGCAGAACCCUUUCGGCUUAGAGAUGGCCGGUCCGUCCUCAGCCUCGCUAGCAACAGGCAUCGUCUUGACAACAGACUGCCUUGAAGAUAGUCGUCUUACAUGCUACUGGGGGUGCAGUGUCCAAAGACUCCACGAAGCUCUUCAGAAGCACGUCUACUGCUUCCGGAUAGGCACCCCACACGCUCUAGAAGAGGCGCUGUACAGUGACUAUCUCCACCGAGAACAGUAUUUUAUUAAAAAACACAGCAAAGAAGAAAUAUAUUGCCAGUUACCGAGAGAUACUGAAAUUGAAGACUUUGGUCCAGUGCCCAGAUCUCGCUAUCCAUUGGUAGCUCUGCUGACCCUCGCUGAUGAGGAUGACCGAGAAAUGUAUGACAUCAUUUCCAUGGUGUCAGUAAUUCAUAUUCCUGAUAAGACUUACAAGCUUCCCUGCAGAAUAUUGUAUCAAUAUUUAAUCCUGGCUCAAGGUCAAUUUUAUGACCUUAAGCAACUGUUCAUGUCUGCAAACAGUAGUCCCACUCCAUCAAGUGACCCCCCUGCAGCCGACAGGGACACAGAGCAGAGCUUGCUGGAGAAGGCAGGGCUGGCUGGGAGUGACGUGGAGCCCGUGGAGGAGGGCAGCAAGGACUGCGUGGUGUGCCAGAAUGGUGCCGUGAACUGGGUGCUCCUGCCGUGCCGGCACGCAUGCCUGUGUGACAGCUGUGUGUGCUACUUCAAACAGUGUCCCAUGUGCCGGCAGUUUGUGCAAGAAUCCUUUGCACUUUGCAGUCAGAAAGAGCCGGACAAGGACGCGCUAGAAACUUCCUGAAGACAUCACAGCCAGAGCGUGGACUGUCUACACAGGUGCAGAUCUCUGUCCUUAGAGUCAGUCCUAACGUAGACUCUACAGCCAUGACUGCGGAGAGGAUUCUGUUGUCACCUCAUGCGUGUAUAGUCCAUGGAUGAUGACAAUAAAUCCUU